AUGAGAUUGCAAUAUAAAUGCCUCAAAGGUUCCUGUCUGGUUAUCCCAUGUUCUUUCAGUUAUAAAUCAAACCCACCCAAAAACCCACGUAGAGUUGUGUGGUAUGAGCGGGACUCUAAAGGUUCACCUUUAGUUUAUGAUCCCUUGCAUCCAAACAACGUCAAUGAAAAAUUCAGAGGAAAAACUGAUUUAUAUGGAAAAUCAAACUGGGAUUGCAGUCUGCUGAUUAAAAACCUGGAAACAUCUCAUAAUGGAAAGAAAUUAUACACAAGGAUCGACCCUGAAAAUAUUGCAUGGGAAAACUAUGAAACUGAUGAUGCUACCUCUACAGUUCUUGUUGAUGCAAUUCCACAGCAGCCCAGCAUCAGUAUUACUGGAGGUGAAAAAACAGGUGACACAGUCACAGUAGAAUGUUCAACCUUCCACACGUGUCCAUACAGCAAACCAACCAUUACUCUGAAUGGUAUAGAAGGAUCUGAUGAAACAAAGGAUGAGUUUAUUAAAGACGGCCUGUGGAAAAUCACUCUGACACGCAAAGGUGUUGUAAAGGCAGAAAGCACAACUAUAAAGUGCUCAGUAACACAUUAUGGUGGCAUAACAGUGAUGGCUACAGAGGUCAAAACUUCAAAAUGUGUUCAUCAUAACAUAUCGAUUGAGCCUGAACUGGCAGAUGUCACAGAGGGUGUCGGACAGAACUUCACUUGUACCAUCUAUCAUUCCUGCCAGAAGGAGAAUCCAGUCAUCACAUGGAACUACGAGAACAUGCAGGUCUCAGCAUGGAACAAAAAGCAUUCCGAUUCAGAUCAGUUUCGAAUUGCAUUUUCCAACAUAACCUUUCUGGGUGCAAAAGAAGACAAUGGGAAGAGACUGAUAUGCACUGCAACAUUUUCUGAAGGAAACAUGGAAACUUAUGUUGUUUUGCGUGUACAAGAAUAUCAAAAACCAGUGGAUCCAAUCCUGAAUGAAACCUAUUUCCAAUACGUGGCAGACGUGAUACCCAGGAUCACUGCGUUGCCUCGAUCAUGUGUGGUAAUACCGUGCAGUUUCAAGACG